AUGCCCGGUGUCUGUGUGCUUUGUCUCGCCGCCGCGCUGGCUGUGUUCACCCGGCUCGCCGACACCGUGGGGCCGGUGGUCCGAUGCGAGCCGUGCGACGCCGGGGCGCUUCUCCAGUGCAAGCCGCUGCCGAAGGACUGCCCGGAGCGGGUGAGGGAGCCCGGCUGCGGCUGCUGCAUGACGUGCGCCCUCGGCGAGGGACAGGCGUGUGGAGUGUACACGGCGCGCUGUGGCUCCGGCUUGACCUGCCAGCACCAGCCGGGGGAGAGCCGACCCCUGCAAGCUCUGCUGGAGGGACGGGGAGUGUGCUCCAGCGCUGCGUCCAAAAAACUCAACAGCAUACUCGUACCGACGCAAAAACAAGAGAACGCUGGAAAUCAGGUAGACGAGGGCUGUGCCAACGUGACCGCAACGAUGACGGUGUUGCCCGGUGUGGUGACUGUGAAGGGCGGACACAGUCGGGGGUCAAUGGACACCAGGCCUCCACUGCACAACAAACUGAUCCAGAAAGAUAUGAACAGGAAGACUCAGAGCUACAAGGUGGAAUCAGUGUCAGGAGGAGCCAAUAUGGACAUUCACAACUUCUCCCUGGAGAGCAAGAGGGAGACUGAGUAUGGCCCGUGUCGGCGGGAGAUGGAGAGCAUCCUGAACAGUCUUAAAAUCAGCAACGUGCUCAACCCGAGAGGCUUCCGCAUACCCAACUGUGACAGAAAGGGCUUCUACAAGAAAAAACAGUGCCGUCCAUCCAAAGGCAGGAGGCGGGGAUACUGCUGGUGUGUGGACAAAUACGGGCAGCCUUUGCCUGGCUACGACGGCAGGGAGCGAGGUGAGACGCAGUGCUACAGCCUGGAGAGCAAAUGAGAGGACGGAGGGACGACGAGUGGACGGAGAGAGG